GCUGUCGUGACGCGACCGGCGGGCGGGUGCGGUGGGAGCUUCGUCCGCUCGGCCGGCUGUUGUUGGGUCUCCGUGGAGCGGCGGCGAGGGCAUCGAGGGUGGCCUGGGGUCCGGUGCAGCCAUGGCGGGCGCUCUGGUGCGGAAGGCGGCGGACUAUGUCCGGAGCAAGGACUUCCGGGACUACCUCAUGAGUACUCACUUCUGGGGCCCAGUCGCCAACUGGGGUCUCCCCAUCGCCGCCAUCAACGACAUGCAGAAGUCUCCGGAGAUUAUCAGCGGGCGGAUGACGUUCGCCCUCUGCUGUUACUCCCUGACCUUCAUGAGAUUCGCCUACAAGGUGCAGCCUCGCAACUGGCUCCUGUUCGCUUGCCACGCCACCAAUGAGGUGGCUCAGCUGGUCCAGGGGACGCGGCUCAUCAAGCACAAGAUGACCAAACAGGCGUCAGCCUGACGGAGGGGAGGCAGGGGUUGGCGCCGUGGCUGGGCGUCAUCGCCAGCUGCUGAGUCACGGAGUCCACGGUCGUGAACACCCCUGCGAGGGACGUGCGCAGAGAGCUCUUCGUACUCAGCAGACGAUUCCCGCAGAGGCCGCCGGGAGCCCGCGCCCGCUCCCACCGCCCUCCACGGCCGAGUGCUUCCUUCUCAGAGAGCGGGGUCCCGGCACACAGUCACUUAGUAAUUCCCGGUGGUGGCUCUGUCUGCAGUAAUGUGGACGUUACCUACUCAAAUUCAGUCACAAGAAACCGAAGAGAACAAAAUUGCUAACUCUGCGCGCCCCGAGUUCUCGACCUUUCCUUCAGUGACGUGAGAGCGCCGACUGCCGGCGACACACCUCACGUCUCGCAUCCAGGGUUUGAAAGCGUCUGCCCCCAUGCAGUGCGCAUUCUGAAGCGCUGUAACUUACCGGCAAUAAACGACUUAGACCCUUGUGGAA